AUGAAUGUCAUUUGUACGACUGGUACAAAUAAGACUACUGUUGCUUUACCCAUACCAAAACCACCACAGCCUUGGGUUCACUACGACCAUAUGUAUUGUAAGAAAAAAACACCGCAACCGGCAAUUGAAGUGCAACCUGCAACAAAAGAUGGAAGUAGCAAACUUGACAGUGAUGUAGAGACUGGUGAUCCGAUAGAGGCAGAUGCGGACGCAUUUGACAAUGACUCGCCGCCCUCGCCUGUGCCAGAGAUUGGCAAGACCCGCGAAAAUGUUUUCUCGUGGCAGAGAACAGAGUUGAUAGAAGCAGAUGCUCCCGAAGCCCCGACGCCGGUGCCCGAGAAACCAAAAGUGGACGAAGUCGUGACCUUGUCCCUGUUCUGUGAAGACGACGCGCCCAUACAAUCCGAGCCCAGUGCACCAGGCAAGUCACUACACUCACUACUCGCCUAA